UCGAAUUCUUGGACCAGCCAAAACCCCCCUUAAAUUUGUGGCCGCGCACCGCCACGGCGCCACAUCCACAGCUCGAACCGACUCCGCCUACGACCACGGCCACCGCCGCCGCCGCCGCCGCCGCCGCCGCCGCCGCCAACCACACCACGAUACCAAAGUCCACGCCUUCUCCCUUCCCGUUUAUGGUGUCUGCUCACACAGGCGCAGCCGAAGGCGGCAGGAGAGAAGUAGCGUCGCCAUCGGUCUUCUUCCCACCCGACCUACCUGGGCCCGCACCCAUGGCCCUCCCCGGGAUCUCCCCCUCGGUCGAGGACGACCCCAGCAAGAAGAUACGCAAGCCCUACAUAAUCACCAAGUCCCGAGAGAGCUGGACUGAGCAGGAGCACGACAAAUUCCUUGAAGCCCUCCAGCUUUUUGAUCGCGACUGGAAGAAGAUAGAAGCCUUUGUUGGCACCAAGACAGUUAUCCAGAUAAGGAGCCAUGCACAAAAGUACUUUCUGAAGGUUCAGAAGAGUGGUACAAGUGAACAUGUUCCUCCACCUCGACCCAAGCGGAAAGCAGCUCAUCCAUAUCCACAGAAAGCCCCUAAAAAUGCUCAACAGAUACCUCUUGGAACUACUCCUCUGCAACUUUCCUGUUUGCUUGAACCUGGUUAUGCUCAUGCAAUGGAUACAUCUUCCACGCCUAGAAAAUUUACCACCAGCAUUCCAUUGCUUUCUAAGGCUCAAAGUUCCCCCCUUCCUGUUAAUGCAUCUCAUUCCUCAACAGAUGAUAUAGGACCUGCUGGAGUAACAGCUGCAAAUAAUUGUUCUAGUAGCACAAUCAGCCCUACAGCCAGGCCAAAUUCUGAAUCAGCCGAUCAAGACAAUCAUGCCACAGCUCUGCAUGUUAUGCCAGAUUUCGCUCAGGUAUACUACUUUCUUGGAAGUGUCUUUGAUCCUAGCAGUACUGGUCAUUUGGAAAAACUGAAGGAGAUGGAUCCAAUUGAUGUUGAAACAGUGUUGCUAUUGAUGAGGAACCUGGCCAUCAAUUUGAAUGAUGAAUGCCUACACAUCCCUGGGUUAAAGGUUAAUGAUGAAUGCCUCCAAUUGGAAUUUGAGGAUUGUUCAAGGUCUUGAAGGUCAGAACUGCCAUUAUAUCGAGCCAAACAUGAGGUUGUAUCACCUUCAAUGAUAGCUUCAUGGAAGUCAAAGUUUGGCAUCCAAUUUACUCAUAUUAUGUUGGAUCUUGUACAGAAGGUAAUAAUAAUGCCAAUUAUGUGGAAUAGCUCCCAUUUUUUUUUUUCUUCUUUUUGGUUUGUGUAUAUAACAGUUUUGAAAUGCUUGUGAAGUUAUGAUGUUUGAUUGGGUUGUGAACUCUGCUCAUGGAUCAUGUAUUUAAUUAUGCUCCUGGCUUUGUGUGAGUCUGUGACUCAGCAACAUUAUUUAUGGGUAAGAAUAGAAAAUUGUUUAUUAUUAUGGUU